AUGGUUUUUAGAUCAAUUUUUCGGUUUUUUCAAAAUUUAUUCAGAUCAGUAAAAUACAGUAUUAUGGGGGACUGCGCAGAUGCAAAAUUAGUUAGUCGAGUUACGGUGCCACCAAUACCGAAACUUGGCGACAUGCACAUGUAUUGGGUGUGGCGAAUGCUGAUUAAAUCAUAUUUGGAUGCUAUAGGUCUUUGGUCUGGAAAUCACCCAAAGGAGAGCGCCCAUACAAAAUUUGUGCUGCUGAGCACGUUGGAAAUAUGGGUUGUAAGAAGGGAAUACGAUGAAAUGAGCAGCAGGUCCAUUUUCGAAGAUCUCGAGGAACGAUAUGCUAUCACUAACAAUGACAAACGAGACUCUAUGUACAACUUUUGAUUGCUGCCUGGAUUACUACUGUAGUGUAAUAAAUCUCAAACUUCAAUAUAUAAUUAUAUAUAUUUAUAAAUUUGGUGAAAAUUGUCGAUCUCGGACGGUUGGAUAUUAUAUUCAUUUAAAAUUUGUCAUGGCGGCAACCAACGAGACCUGGCCCGCCAGAAGAACCAGAAGAAGCAGGCGGAUUUGACCAAGGGAAAGCGAACCGAUAACCUCACCGUGGAGCAAAGGAAGGCCAGGGACGCUGAGUUAAUGCGGGAGAAGCAGAAAAAAAAGGAAGAGGCCGCUGCGGCGGGCACAAGCAAAUAGUCAACCCACUGGCUUGAUAGAGAUCUGGACUCCCGGUUGCAUUUCCGGACAGGUUAGGCUUAUAGUCAGUCGUUCGUCAGCCAAGACCCCGAUUCGCCCAAGGACCUAGGAUAGUUGGUUAGAAUGUACAUGAAGCAACAUACAUAAUUCACGAGAAUUGUAUACAACUACGCAUAGAUAUUACCGGGCUGUACAGCACGCGACAUAGCAAUAGCAAUAGCAAGUGCCACCCAAGGACUUCGAUUCUGUUCCGGUUUUUGUUCAUUUUCGUUUGCAGUGCUGCUGUACGAUAAUUAAGUAAUCUUACAUUUUAUUUCUCCACCUACCUGACUAAAUUAUUUACUGUAAUGUAUAUAUAUAAAUUUUCAAAUAAAACAUAAUAUGCAGCCGACAGAAAG